AGCGCCACCUCUGUGCCUUCAAAUAUUUUCUAUUAGGCUUUUGUUAUUGGAGGUCAAGGGGUCUCCCUCUUUGUUUUCGAUUUUUUUGAAAUGGGUUGUACGGCGUCGAAGCUGGACAACGAGGACACGGUGAGGCGGUGCAAGGAGCGGCGUCGCCUGAUGAAGGAAGCGGUCCAUGCACGUCACCUCUUGGCGGCUGCGCACGCCGAUUAUUGCCGCUCCCUCCGGGUCACGGGCUCUGCCCUUUCCUGCUUCGCUGCUGGGGAACCCUUCUCCGUCUCCGACCAAACCCCGGCCGUCCUACUUCAUCCUCCCAACUCACAUCCUUCUCACGUCCAUCCUGUCCCCCCGCGUGUCCCCCCGUCCCCUUCGCCGUCCCUCCACCCCCCUCCUCCUCCUCCCCAUUUCGCUCCCUCUCCGUCGCCCUCCCCCACUGUCGCCAGCUCCAAGCUUCCUCAAAUACUCUCCGCCUCCAGUCUACCUUCUUCCGCCCCUAACCGUCGUCGUCCCCGUAAAUUGGCCCCGAAACUCCCUCACAUUCUGUCCGAGUCGAGUCCUUCCUCCUCUCCAAAGAGUACUAAAUCGGAUUUCUAUAACAAUUUCUUUCCUACUGCUUAUCAAGCCAAUUCCACCUACUCCAACACUUCCUCUCAAACUUCCUCCGUCUGGAACUGGGAGAAUUUCUACCCUCCCUCCCCACCAAGUUCAGAGUACUUUGAUCGGAAAGCACAACAGAAACAACAAUACCAUCACCAGCUUGACGACGACAACAACAACAACAACAACAACGCACGGUACGCCGGAGAAGAUACGGAAACAGAAAGAUCAGAGUACGAUUUCUUCCGGCCACAACAGUUCAACCGAUACCAUCUAAAUAGCAAGGAUGCGAAGAGCAAUAUCGACGAGGAAGCGGAGAGAGAGGAAGUACAAUGCAGCGAGUGGGGGGACCACGACCGCUACAGUACCUCAACUUCAUCGGAUGAUGAGGAAAGGGAGGAUGAUUUCGAAUCCAGAUCGGAGAUCGAGAGCCGGUCAAAUUUCGGAGCUCCAGUGGGAGCGGAAUCAGAGAAGCAACAUAGUGACUUCCAUAAUCUCCACAAUCAACCGCAGCAGCAGAUGUAUGGCCACGCCGCUAGCAAAUCGGAGAAGUCCCAGGAGGCCGGAUCAUCGGGAGGUAGUUACAGAAUCAGUGAGGUGAUGGAUAGGCAGAUGAUGGUGAGGCACAAGGACUUGAAAGAGAUUGUGGACGCGAUCAAAGAGAAUUUCGACAAGGCUGCUGCCGCCGGAGAUCAGGUCUCCGAGAUGCUGGAGAUCGGCCGAGCUCAGUUAGACCGGAGCUUCCGGCAAUUGAAAAAAACUGUGUAUCAUUCGAGCAGUGUCUUGAGUAACUUGAGCUCGAGCUGGACGUCGAAGCCACCGUUGGCGGUGAGGUAUAGACUGGACACGGCGGCUAUGGAUGAACCAGGCGGUCCAAAGAGCCUCUGCUCCACUCUGGACCGGCUAUUGGCUUGGGAGAAGAAACUCUAUGAGGAAGUGAAGGCUAGAGAGGGUGCAAAGAUUGAGCACGACAAGAAGCUGUCGGCAUUGCAGAGUCAAGAGCACAAGGGGGCAGACGAAACCAAGCUAGAUAAGACGAAGGCCUCUAUAACAAGACUGCAUUCACUGAUUAAUGUCAAUUCUCAGGCUGUCUUCACUACCUCAACUUCAAUCAUUGGUCUUAGAGACAGUGAUCUUGUUCCUCAGCUUGUGGAUCUCUGUCAUGGCUUCAUGUACAUGUGGAAGUCAAUGCACCAGUACCAUGAAGUUCAGAACCACAUUGUGCAACAAGUAAGUGGCCUUGUAAACAGAUCUGCAAAAGGUGACUCUACUUCUGAACUGCAUAGGCUGGCAACCCGUGAUCUGGAGUCUGCUGUCUCCGCCUGGCAUUCUAGUUUCUGCCGUCUGAUAAAAUUUCAAAGGGACUUUAUUCGUUCCCUCCAUGGCUGGUUCAAGCUCACCCUUAUCCCUGUAAGCAACGACAAUGUUGAUGGCAGCAGGGAACUCUCUACUGUAUUUGCUUUUUUUGAUGAGUGGAAGCUUGCUCUUGACCGAGUUCCUGAUACAGUUGCUUCAGAAGCAAUCAAGAGCUUUAUCAAUGUUGUCCAUGUGAUAUCCGUUAAGCAAAAAGAGGAGCUCAAGAUUAAAAAGCGAACUGAAACUGUAUCAAAGGAGCUUGAGAAGAAAGCUUCAUCCCUUCGGAGCAUAGAAAGGAAAUACUACCACUCAUACUCUAUGGUAGGUAUUGGCGUUCCCGAUGCCGGGCCUGAUAAUGGACAGGUUCUAGAUGCUCGGGACCCUCUUGCAGAUAAGAAAUUAGAGCUUGCAGCCUGCCAAAGGCGGGUGGAAGACGAAAUGCUGAGGCAUUCCAAGGCAGUUGAGGUGACAAGAGCAAUGACACUGAAUAAUCUCCAAACAGGCUUGCCAGGGGUUUUCCAAGCAUUAACAAGUUUCUCUGUCUUAUUUACCGAGGCACUCGACACAGUUUGCACCCGUUCCUAUGCUAUAAAAUAGAUGAAUAAUUCUUUAUUCUGGUUUCAUUUUUGAGGCAAGUCAAAGAUUUAUGAGAACUGGGAUUUUUUUGGCUGUGAACUCUUAUAGGUACCGUCAUUAUUUUUGUGGGGGUUUUUUUUUUUUCUUUGGGUCAGAGUGAGCAAAUGUUUGUACCGGAAAAAUUUGCUUGGAUUAUUGUAUCAAAAGGUUGCAAUUUCAGCAGAUAAAUAAAUACACAACUGUACCAAGCGCAUGUUUUCCCUGUUCCUCAGGGAAUUAUAUACAGGGUGUGCUGGAGGUCCAGGCGCUGGACUAUUGAUCUGAGAGCUAGGCUGGCUAUGCUGAAGCAUAUGAGACAAACUGCUAAUGCGUUAAAUUUAGGUGAGAUGUCUCUUUCAUGUGACAAAUGAAAACGAUGGUUCAUGAACAGCAGCUAACUUUGGUGCACUUCAGCUCCUGUUUUGCUCAACCAAAACCAUGUCUGUUCAUCUGACUGCCUCUCUUUUGUUUUCAAGUUAUCGUUGGUAAAUUCAUUU